CAUGGUUGAGUUUUUCAAGUUCUUGACAUGUGGGUCUUUCACUUUGAUGGUGGCGUUUUCACACUACUAUUAAUAUGAUGAUGAGGUGUUGAAAACAGACACAGUGAUUCUUCACUUUGUGCUCUCCUUUUUCUUUUCUUUAUUGGGUAGGAGUGGUUUUGGCCUCUCAUGUGGUAUAUGAUUUGAAUUUUGGAAUCUUCUGGUGGUUGAAGAAGGCAGUGGUUUGUGUCAGAAACACUCUGGGUAGGGUUUCUUUAGGCCCAGAAAAUUGAAGGGGUUGACCUAAUUUUGGUGUCUGAUUAGGCAAUUUUAGUUUCUAGUAGAAUGGGUUUGAACUGAGAUUCGAUUAUGUUUUGAAGUGGGUAUGUCCUAUUGGAGUGGUUUUUAGGGUUUUGCUGGAUAUUCUGUUAGAUUAAAGGCAGAUUUGCCCCAAAUUGGAGUUUUUGGAAGUGCGUUUCUGCAAUUUUGGGUUAUUUAAAAGAAGGGUUUUGCAUUUUGUGGUUUUUCUAGGAUUUCACUGAUUCUGGUUUAGGAAUUAGGUACUGGGUUUUGGGUCGUUUGGUCUCGAUAGUCGGAGAUUUAAGGGCACAAAAGUGGUGGAUUUGGGUUUCUGGUUUUGCACUGCCUUGGUUUGGGACAGUAACUAGCGCAUUGUUCCAAACUAAGGAGUUUAUUUGGUCGAACUGAGGGUUUUGGGUGUGAUAGAAGUAUAUUACCGAGUUUGGUUUACUUGAAGAUCUUGCUAUUGAAGUUUAACUGCACAUAGCAUUUUUGCAAAAAUGGCUUGUAUGAAGUUGGGAUCCAAAACUGACGCAUUCCAAAGGCAAGGACAGGCCUGAAGAAGAUUUACCGAUCUUUAUAACCUCGUUUCUUCAACCCUAUAUAUGCUGCAUACUUAUAAGGUUUUGUACUACUGGCCUUCCAAGUGAUAUUGUUGUUGAAGUUGGGGAGAUGUCCUUCCAUCUCCACAAGUUCCCUUUGCUUUCUAGAAGCGGUGUUAUGGAAAGAUUGAUUGCAGAUGCAUCUAAAGGAGAAGAGGGCUGUGUCAUCUAUCUCCCUGACAUCCCAGGUGGGGCUAAAACGUUUGAACUUGUAGCCAAAUUCUGCUACGGGGUGAAACUGGAACUUACUGCCACAAAUGUCGCGUGUCUACGUUGUGCUGCUGAGCAUCUUGAGAUGACUGAAGAGUAUGGAGAGGGCAAUCUAAUUUCACAGACCGAAGUCUUUCUCAAUCAAAUAGUCCUUCGAAAUUGGAAAGACUCUUUGAAAGCGCUUCAAACCUGUGAUGAUAUUCUCCCCCAUGCUGAAGAACUCCAUAUUACAAAGAGGUGCAUCGAGUCCUUAGCUGUGAAAGCAAGUACUGACCCGAAUCUGUUCGGGUGGCCAGUCGUGGAGCAUGGAGGGCCGUUGCAGAGCCCUGGUGGGAGUGUCUUAUGGAAUGGCAUAAGCACAGGGGCUAGGCCAAAAAAUUCAAGUUCAGAUUGGUGGUAUGAAGAUGCAUCGGCUCUAAGUUUGCCUCUUUACAAGCGGUUAAUUUUGGCAAUGGAAUCUCGUGGUAUUAAUCAGGAGAUUGUUGCCGGGUCUCUCACUUUCUAUGCAAAAAAGUACCUGCCAGGACUGAAUCGGCGUCAGGGUGCCAGUGAGUCUAGCAACCGUCUGGUGCCGGUGGGUUUGGGUGCCCCACCAUCCGAAGAAGAUCAGAAGCUUUUACUUGAAGAGAUGGAUAGGUUACUUCCACUGCAGAAGGGCCUAGUCUCAACGAAGUUCCUCUUUGGCCUACUUCGAACAGCCAUGAUUCUUCGAGCAAGCCCCUCUUACAUAUCAAACUUAGAGAAGAGGAUAGGGAUGCAACUUGAUCAGGCAACUCUUGAAGAUCUCUUGAUGCCCAACUUCUCUUAUUCCAUGGAGACUCUUUACAAUGUUGAGUGUGUGCAUCGUAUACUCGAGCACUUUUUGGCCAUGGAUCAGGCGACUGGUGGGGCAUCUCCAUGUUCAGUUGAUGAUGGUCAAUUGAUGGGAUCACCUUCUUUGACUCCAAUCACGAUGGUAGCCAAGCUGAUUGAUGGGUACCUAGCAGAGGUUGCCCCUGAUAUUAAUUUGAAGCUCCCCAAAUUUCAAUCUCUUGCCGCUGCUGUACCUGAUUAUGGCAGGCCCUUGGAUGAUGGUCUUUAUCGUGCAAUUGACAUUUAUCUGAAGUCGCACCCAUGGUUGGCAGAAUCAGAUAGAGAAGAACUCUGCAGAUUGAUGGACUGCCAGAAGCUCUCCUUGGAAGCUUGCACCCAUGCCGCGCAGAACGAGAGGCUGCCCCUAAGAGUAAUAGUCCAAGUUCUCUUCUUUGAGCAGCUUCAGCUUAGGACCUCCAUCGCUGGCUGCUUCCUGGUCUCAGACAAUCUUGACGGUUCAAGACAGUUAAGAAGUGGCUUGGCCACAUCUAACGAGGGAGGCUGGACCACAGCCGUGAGGGAGAAUCAGGUUUUGAAGGUGGGGAUGGAUAAUAUGAGGAUGCGGGUUUCUGAACUCGAGAAAGAGUGCUCAAACAUGAGGCAGGAGAUUGAGAAGCUGGGUCGAGUAAAAGGCUCUAGCAAAUGGAAUGUGUCGAAGAAGUUUGGGUUUAACAUGAAGUCUCAGAUGUGCAGUGCUCAAGAGGGGUCUGUUAGCAACCAGAAUGACAGUAGUGGAAAGGUUGAGAAGACAAAAGACAAGCAUGGGAAACACAAGAAAAAUUUGUCUCCUGAUGGAAUUACAGUAAGGGCAUGUUUGUUUAGAGGCUUUGUUUAGGACAUUGGAGUAAUUUUCUGAGCUUCACUUGGAACUACCAGAAACGUUUUAUUGGCAAAUUUUGCAUGAGCUCCAAAAUAUGUGUUGUGAAAGCAAGUGCAACAAACACCGUCUUGAGUCGAAAUUAGUAUUCACCAUGUAAAUUUUUGCAUGUAUGUGAAAAGUCGUCGUCGUAUAGGUAGAAGGUAUGAAAAAUACAUGUUACAAUGUAGCAUCUGUGGGAGGGAGACUACAAAUGUUAGUGCUCUGAAUCUGGUAUUCAUGUAACAUUGAUUUGGUGCUCUUUUAUGGAUUCGAUUGCUAUUCAAAAACAGUAUUAACAUAAAUAAGGAUUAAGCUUUUUACGUACCUGUACCUGUACCUGCUAUAUGGUAAGGGUGUGGUUGUAAAAAACAAUUUAUAUGAUAA